AUGGCGGUGCGCGAGGACAGCGCGGAAAGCUCUGCGGUGAGGAGGAGACGGGUGGAUCCGAGCGGGACAGGACACACAGAGACAAGCACCGGGGACAGUGAGCGCAGAGAUGGGACAGAGGAUAGCGGCGGAGCGGGGACGGAGGACAAGAAGCUCCGGUCCCUGCAGCCCGGGACGUACUGGCUCACCCGGAUAGUGCUGCUGCGAGCUGUAGCCUUUAUUUAUUUCAUAGCAUUCACCGUGGCCCUCCACCAGAACAAGCAGCUGAUUGGUGAACGUGGCCUUCUGCCUUGUAAGACCUACCUGAACAGUGUGAAGCGAUAUGUGGGGGGCAAGAUCGGAGCUGCGGCCUUGUCAUACACCCCCUCCCUCCUCUGGUUCAUGGACUGGGCACACAUGGACGGCAACCUAGAUACCCUCGCAGCUGUGGGCAUGGUUCUAUCCGGCCUGGUCCUCCUAACCGGGACAGCCAAUAUGGUGAUCAUGGCAACGCUGUGGGUGCUGUACCAUUCACUAGUCAAUGUGGGACAGCUAUGGUAUUCGUUUGGCUGGGAGAGUCAGCUCCUGGAGACUGGGUUCUUAGCCAUCUUCCUGUGUCCUGUAUGGAGCUUAUCUCAGAUGCCCCACCGCUGCCCCCCCUCCCUCAUCUGUGUGUGGGCCUACAGGUGGCUCAUAGUGCGCAUCAUGCUGGGAGCUGGCCUCAUUAAAAUCCGAGGUGACAAAUGCUGGCGAGACCUCUCCUGCAUGGACUACCACUACGAGACGCAGCCCGUUCCAAACCCGAUGUCGUACUACCUGCACCGCUCCCCCUGGUGGUUCCAUCGCUUUGAGACUCUGUCCAACCACUUCAUCGAGCUCAUCAUGCCUUUCUUCACCUUCAUGGGCCGCAGGAUGUGCCUGAUCAGCGGUGCCAUACAGAUCCUAUUUCAGGUAGUCUUGAUCAUCAGUGGGAACCUGAGUUUUCUGAACUGGCUGACCAUCGUUCCCAGUCUGGCCUGUUUCGACGACGCAUCAUUGGCGUUCAUGUUUUGGUCUUCAGGCGGAGCCAAGAAGACGGUGCUGAAGAUACAGGAAGAGACUACAGCUGGACACACACCAGAGCCCACAAAAGGUAUGCUGAUUCGCAGAGUGGUUAACAUCUCGCUGGGCAUUCUGAUUGGCUUCCUGAGCGUUCCCGUGGUGAUGAACCUGAUCAGCUCCAGACAAGUGAUGAACACCUCAUUUGAUCCACUGAGAAUAGUCAAUACAUACGGAGCGUUUGGGAGUAUCACGAAGGAGCGCACAGAAGUGAUCAUCCAGGGCACGGUGGCUUCAGACCCCAAAGACCCCAGCGCUGUGUGGGAAGAGUAUCAGUUCUUCUGUAAACCUGGGGACCUCUACAGGCGACCAUGUGUCAUAUCACCCUACCACUACAGGCUCGACUGGCUCAUGUGGUUCGCUGCUUUUCAGACAUAUGAGCAGAAUGAAUGGGUCAUCCACCUAGCAGGACGUCUUCUCUCUAACGACAGCACCGUGCUCUCACUGAUGGACCACAACCCAUUUGAAGGCAGAGCGAACCCCAGGUGGGUGCGAGGAGAGCACUACAUCUACAAGUUCAGCAGACCACGUAGCACCAGUGCAGCCCAGGGGAAAUGGUGGAUCAGGAAGAGGAUUGGACCCUACUUCCCCCCGGUCGACCUGGAAGGACUCAGAGGGUACUUCCAGUCCCGGAACUGGCCCCACCCACAUGUGCCAGGACACCGGAGUUAGCUAGCACCCUGCCCUGGCUAACACUACAUGACCAAGAGAUGCUAUCACAUCUGAUACUGUAGUCAAGAAGUAGUCUGGGAUUCUUAAUGGACUGAAUUGUUUUAAUGAAUGUUCUAAAUGCCAAAU